AAAAGACCACCUCCUUUUACAUUAAAUUAAAAUUAAAUAUCAUAUUUACAUGCUAAAAACUGUUACAUAAAACACCAAAAAACCAUUCAAGAUUCUUACUUACAUCUAUAUAUACAUCAUAUAUAUAUAUAUAUAUGUAGUAAGAAUCCAUGCAUCAUCCCAUUUUCAAGAUUCAUAUUACAUACUCAAAAAAACGGAAUUGCUAGCUACAAUGUUCAUCCCUUUACUGUCGAAACCUCAAACAUGGCAAGAAAAUGAUGAAACCACCAAGAAAUCCACCCUGUUCUUAGCCUUGAAUGAGCUCAACUCCAUAGCCAACAUCGGCCUCCCCAUGAUCCUCACCGGCCUCGUCCUCUACGCCCGAUCGAUGAUCUCCAUGUUAUUCCUAGGCCGCCUCGGCAAUGACCUCACCCUCGCCGGAGGCACUCUGGCCCUCGGAUUCGCCAACAUCACCGGAUACUCCAUCCUCUCCGGCUUCGCCAUGGGAAUGGAGCCGAUAUGCGGCCAAGCUUUUGGCGCACAAAGAUUCAAACUUGUCGGCGUAACCUUACAAAGGACCAUCCUCUUGUUGCUUCUGGCGUCGAUCCCGAUUGCAUUUCUAUGGAUGAGCAUGAAGGGGAUCUUGAUCCUCUGUGGCCACGAUCGCGGGAUAGCGACCGAGGCCGAGUGGUACAUCCUUUUCUCGAUUCCCGAUCUCAUAUCGCAGUCGUUUCUUCAUCCUUUGAGGAUAUACCUCAGGGCUCAAUCGGUGACGCUGCCGUUGACGUGCUGCGCGAGCUUGGCCGUGCUUCUACACAUCCCUAUAAACUACUAUCUCGUCGUGGCCCUCAAUCUUGGGAUCAAAGGGGUUGCGUUGGCCGGGGUGUGGACUAACGCGAACCUCGUCGCGUUCUUGAUCGCAUACAUUGUGUCGUCGGGAAUUUACGAGAAAACGUGGGGCGGAUUGUCGUACGAGUGCUUCCAAGGAUGGGGGCCUCUCAUGCGGCUCGCGAUUCCGAGCUGCAUUAGCGUUUGCUUGGAGUGGUGGUGGUACGAGAUCAUGAUCUUGUUAUGUGGGGUGUUGAUAAAUCCUCGCGCGACAAUUGCUUCGAUGGGGAUCUUGAUCCAAACAACGUCACUCAUCUACAUUUUCCCGUCGUCUUUGAGCUUCGGAGUGUCGACGAGGGUCGGGAAUGAGUUGGGCGCCAAUAGGCCUAAUCGAGCAAAAGUGUCGGCCGUAGUUGGAUUGUGCAUCAGCUUUGUGAUGGGAUUUUCGGCGCUUUUGUUUGCAUUGAGUGUGAGGAACAAAUGGGGUGGUUUGUUCACUAAGGAUGAAGAGAUCAUGGCAUUAACGUCGUCGGUAUUGCCGGUGAUCGGGCUGUGCGAGCUCGGGAACUGCCCGCAGACGACGGGAUGCGGGGUUUUGAGGGGAUCAGCAAGGCCUAAGAUGGGGGCUAAUAUAAACUUGGGGUGCUUUUAUAUUGUGGGGAUGCCUGUGGCAGUUAUGGUGAGUUUGUACUUAGGGUAUGAUUUUAAGGGGCUGUGGAUGGGAUUAUUGGCUGCUGAGGGGUGUUGUGCAGUGGCAAUGUUGUUUGUGUUGGUUAGGACAGAUUGGGAAUUUGAGGCUUUGAAGGCAAAGGACUUGACAAGUUUUACUACUAGUGAACAACAAGAUCAAGAUCAAGAUCAAUAUCAAGAUGAUUCUUUUGAGUACAUAGGGAUGGAUCAUCAUCAUUUAUUGCCCUGAUUUUUAUAUAUGUAUAUUUUUUUAAUUUUAUGUAUUUUUUGGUGUAAAGGGAUGGUGGGUAAUUAAGGGAUUUUUGGGAAGAAAUACUUUAUAGUAAUUGACAUGGAUUUAGGGUUGUGGUAAGGUCACAAUGCAAAGAUAUUUUGUCGGUCGUGUGUUGAUGUUGUUUGGUUGUUGAUUGUUGCCUUACAAUACAGGGAACUUUUAUUUUAACACAUUAAGCAAAGUCCCAUGUCAAAACUUGAAAGUUUGUAAUUUUCUUUUUUCUUUUUUCUUUUUUUUUUUUUUUUCAAAAAAGAAGGAAUAUACUAUGUUUGGAAAUAUUAAUUAAAUAUGAGAGGGGCGACAGAGGCAAAUGGAUGGGAAGUUAAAAGAGUUAUGUAACUAUGCAUGUAUGUGUGUUUGAAAUUCCAAGUGGGGAAUGGAAUGGGAUGGGCUCUGUGCAACAAUACCUGCAUGUAUCUGAACAAAUUUUUGUACCUGAAUUUGGACUUUUCUUACUUCACAUUCUCAAGAAAA